AUGGCGGACUACGACGAAGCUUACGAGGAGCAGUUCUACGACGAUGCGGAGGAUGGAAUCACCUCCGAGGACUGCUGGACGGUGAUCUCGUCGUUCUUCGACGUGAAGGGUCUCGUUUCUCAGCAGCUCGACUCCUUUGACGAAUUCAUUUCUUCGACUAUGCAAGAGCUGGUGGAAGAACAAGGACAAGUGGUUCUCGACCAGACCGUACCCCCCGAUGAGGAUGAAGCCGAGCCAGUCGUCGUGCGCCGAUUCGAGAUCAAAUUCGGCACUGUCAUGCUUACCAGACCGUCCGUAACGGAAGACGAUGGAUCGACCGUGAGCAUGUUGCCUCAAGAGGCGCGUCUGCGAAACCUCACCUACGCCAGUCCCCUCUACCUCACCAUGAAAAAAUAUGUCACAGAGGCACGCGAGUGUCAGGUGGCUGACCGCGACGACGAUGAAGCUGGCGAGGCCGAAGAAGAGCACAAAGACCGCGGCACAUACCUCAAGUGGCAGGCCAGGGAACAAGAUUCAGCUUGGCAGGAGGAGGAGACGAUUUUCAUCGGCAAGAUUCCCAUCAUGCUCAAGUCCAAGUACUGCUGCUUGAAGGAAUCGCCGGAAGAGCGCCUCUACGGCUGGAACGAGUGCCCCUACGACUCUGGUGGUUACUUCAUCAUCAACGGUAGUGAGAAGGUGUUGAUCGCGCAGGAGCGCAGUGCUGGAAACAUCGUGCAGGUCUUCAAGAAGGCCCCUCCUAGCCCGACACCAUAUGUUGCCGAAAUUCGAAGUGCCGUCGAGAAGGGAUCACGACUGCUCUCUCAACUUGCGCUCAAGCUCUUCGCCAAGGGUGACAGUGCCAAGGGCGGCUUCGGUCCGACCAUCCGUUCGACUCUGCCUUACGUCAAGUCUGACAUUCCCAUCGUUAUCGUUUUCCGAGCCCUGGGCGUUGUGUCUGAUGAAGAUAUUCUUAACCACAUUUGCUACGACCGCAAUGAUACCCCUAUGCUGGAGAUGUUGAAGCCGUGUAUCGAGGAAGGUUUCGUCAUUCAGGACCGUGAAGUUGCUCUCGAUUUCAUCGCCAAGCGUGGCUCCUCUCAGUCUAAUUUGAACCACGAGCGGCGUGUGCGCUACGCGCGAGAGAUUAUGCAGAAGGAGUUGUUGCCCCAUAUUUCGCAGAGCGAGGGCAGUGAGACCCGAAAGGCCUUCUUCUUGGGUUACAUGGUCCACCGUCUGCUGCAGUGCGCUCUCGGCCGCCGUGAUGUCGACGACCGUGAUCACUUCGGAAAGAAGCGUCUGGACUUGGCUGGUCCACUUCUGGCUGGUCUCUUCCGUGUUCUUUUCACUCGCGUCACCCGUGACUUGCAGCGCUACAUGCAACGAUGCGUGGAGACCAACAAGGAGCCUAACCUCCGCAUUGGUUUGAAGGCUGCCACUCUGACUGGUGGUUUGAAAUAUGCCCUGGCUACCGGUAACUGGGGUGAGCAGAAGAAGGCCGCCAGCUCCAAGGCUGGUGUGUCCCAGGUGCUGAGUCGUUACACCUUUGCUUCCAGUUUGUCCCAUCUCCGCCGUACCAACACCCCUAUCGGCCGUGAUGGUAAGAUCGCUAAGCCUCGUCAACUCCACAAUACUCACUGGGGUCUUGUGUGCCCAGCUGAGACACCCGAAGGUCAAGCUUGUGGUCUCGUCAAGAACUUGGCCCUCAUGUGCUACAUCACCGUUGGUACGCCCAGCGAACCCAUUGUUGAUUUCAUGAUUCAACGGAAUAUGGAAGUUCUCGAAGAGUUUGAACCCCAAGUCACUCCCAAUGCCACCAAGGUGUUUGUGAACGGUGUCUGGGUCGGUAUCCAUCGUGAUCCUACCCAUCUUGUCAACACUAUGCAGUCUCUCCGUCGGCGCAACAUGAUCUCUCACGAGGUCAGUCUGAUUCGUGACAUCCGUGACCGAGAGUUUAAGAUCUUCACAGAUGCUGGACGUGUGUGCCGACCUCUGUUCGUGGUUGACAACGAUCCCAAGAGUGAAAAUGCCGGAUCAUUGGUCCUCAACAAGGAGCACAUUCGCCUGCUGGAGCUGGACAAGGAUUUGCAGCGUGAACUCCCUCCGGAGCAGCUUCGUGAGCAAGGCUUCGGAUGGGAUGGUUUGGUCAGAUCUGGUGUUGUGGAAUACGUGGAUGCAGAGGAAGAAGAGACGAUCAUGAUCGUCAUGACCCCCGAGGACUUGGAAAUCUCCAAGCACCUCCAAGCUGGCUACUCCUUGCCGGAGGACGAUAAGAACGACCCCAACAAGCGGGUACGCACUGUCAGUCAAAGGGCGCACACCUGGACGCAUUGCGAGAUCCACCCCAGUAUGAUUCUGGGUGUGUGUGCCAGUAUCAUUCCCUUCCCUGAUCACAACCAGUCGCCUCGUAACACCUACCAGUCUGCCAUGGGUAAGCAGGCUAUGGGUGUGUUCCUCACCAACUUUGCACAGCGCAUGGAGACCAUGGCCAACAUUCUUUACUACCCCCAAAAGCCUCUUGCUACGACCCGGUCGAUGGAGUUCCUCCGCUUCCGUGAGCUGCCAGCCGGUCAAAAUGCCAUUGUGGCUAUUGCUACAUACUCUGGUUACAACCAGGAAGAUUCCGUCAUUAUGAACCAAAGCAGUAUUGAUCGCGGUCUGUUCCGCAGUCUGUUCUACCGCACAUACACUGAUUCUGAGAAGACUGUGGGCACAUCAUUCGUCGAAAGCUUUGAGAAACCCAUGCGAACUGAGACGCUUGGCAUGCGCAAGGGUACCUACGACAAGCUCGACGAGGAUGGUAUCGUUGCUCCUGGUGUUCGUGUCUCCGGAGAGGACAUCAUUAUCGGCAAAGUUGCGCCUCUCGCCCCCGAUGCAGAGGAACUCGGCCAACGCACCAAAGCACACACCAAGAUCGACGUGUCGACGCCGCUUCGUAGCACUGAGAACGGUAUCGUCGACCAGGUUGUCAUCUCAACUGCUAAUGAUGGUCUGAAGUUCGCCAAGGUCCGCAUGCGUACCACCAAGAUUCCCCAGAUUGGUGACAAGUUUGCUUCUCGUCACGGUCAGAAGGGUACCAUUGGUAUCACCUACCGCCAGGAGGAUAUGCCCUUCAGUCGCGAGGGUUUGACGCCUGAUAUUAUUAUCAACCCCCACGCCAUUCCAUCCCGUAUGACCAUUGCUCACUUGAUCGAGUGUCAGCUGAGUAAAGUCUCUGCUCUGCGUGGCUUCGAAGGUGACGCUACGCCUUUCACCGACGUGACUGUCGACUCCGUCUCGCGCCUGCUCCGUGAACACGGUUACCAGUCCCGUGGUUUCGAGGUCAUGUUCAACGGCCACACCGGCCGUAAGCUUGUUGCACAGGUGUUCUUGGGCCCGACUUACUACCAGCGUCUGCGCCACAUGGUAGACGACAAGAUCCACGCUCGUGCCCGUGGUCCAACCCAGAUUCUCACCCGCCAGCCUGUGGAGGGCCGUGCGCGUGACGGUGGUCUGCGUUUCGGAGAGAUGGAGCGCGAUUGUAUGAUCGCCCACGGUGCCAGUCACUUCCUCAAGGAGCGUCUGUUCGAUGUAUCGGAUCCGUUCCGUGUUCACAUUUGCGACGACUGCGGUCUGAUGACUCCUAUCGCUAAACUCAAGAAGGGUCUCUUCGAGUGCCGUCUUUGCAACAACAAGCACCGCAUUUCCCAAGUCCACAUCCCAUACGCCGCCAAGCUUUUGUUCCAGGAGCUGGCCUCAAUGAACAUUGCCGCUCGGAUGUUUACCGACCGAUCCGGAGUAUCGGUGCGGUAA